AUCUAGUGGUCCUUGAAUGCCGGAAGAUUUCUUCCUCUGCCCUUACUGAGCCUUUUCCAAACCCAUUUCCUCCUUCAAUUCGUUGCAGCCUCACGAGGGAGGCACAAUUCUACCCAUUUCUCGGACUUUGCAGAAGAGAAGCCUGUCUUCCCGGGUCAGGGUGGGGGUAGGUAAGCGAGGAAGCCAAGGUCACCCAGUCAUUGGCAGAACGCGGCCUCGACCCGGCCCUUCUUGUGCGGGCACUGUGGAACCCUGGCAAGGCAGGCCUUGGCCGCAGGCUAGCGCCCCGCUCUUUUCGGCGGCCUCAAGAGCCGGGCGGGCCUGAAUGGCAGAGAGGUGAGACCCUGGAGCUGAGGGAGCAUCAUGGCAGUGUUUCUGGAGGCCAAGGAUGCCCAUUCGGUCCUGAAACGAUUCCCUCGUGCCAAUGAGUUCCUGGAGGAGCUACGCCAGGGCACCAUUGAGCGAGAGUGCAUGGAGGAGAUCUGCAGCUACGAGGAGGUCAAAGAAGUGUUUGAGAACAAAGAGAAAACGAUGGAGUUCUGGAAGGGGUACCCAAAUGCAGUCUACUCAGUCCGAGACCCCUCACAGAGCUCAGAUGCCAUGUACGUGGUAGUACCUCUUCUGGGGGUGGCAUUGCUGAUUGUCAUCGCCUUGUUCAUCAUCUGGAGGUGCCAGCUGCAGAAAGCGACCCGUCACCACCCCUCCUAUGCUCAGAACCGGUACCUAGCCAGUCGUGCUGGGCACAGCCUCCCCCGGGUCAUGGUGUACCGGGGUACUGUACACAGCCAAGGGGAGCCUUCUGGGCACCGAGAGGCAGGGGGCAGCCCCCAGGUGGUGCUGGGGCCCAGUCGGGGGGGCAGGACCACAGUCCGGCUUGAGAGCACCCUCUACCUCCCUGAGCUCUCUCUCUCCAGACUGUCCAGUGCCACCCCUCCCCCCUCCUAUGAGGAGGUAACUGCGCCCCAAGACAGCAGCAGUGAGGAGGCCAGCGUGUCUUACAGCGACCCGCCCCCAAAGUACGAGGAGAUAGUGGCCACCAACCCUGGCGCUGACAAAUAGUGGGACGUUUGUGCCCUGUCCUGGAUGAACGCCUCUUUCUGAGGUCUCCUAUUUUCUUUUUAACUUUUUAAAGACUGUGCCACCACAAAACAGCCUUAGCCUCCUCGUUGCCAAAUAAUUCCCUAAUCGUGAAGUUUAGGAAGUCAGUUGUCAGAGACAGGUGCGGAGGGGGAGUAGAAACCAUGCAUGAGUCAAAGUCCCCGGGAAGAGCCAAAGGCCAAAGUGCCCAGCUCUUUGGGAUGCCCCCCAAGCCUCCAGCAUACUGUCUUCCCAUCAGGAACUGACUUCUCUUAUGCCAAAGGAAUCACCUCGUUGAGUUGAUUGUGGCCAGAAUGUUCACAGGCCCAGCCUGGGGGCUGUGAGGCUGGCUGGAAGCCUGUCUAUGUCUGGAGCUCUGGGCCACAGAGGUAAGGGAGGGAAGCCAGCCUUUCAGUACCCCUUUCCCUCCACAGUUCUGUGUUUUCUGUCCUUGCUUACAUUUGGAGGACAGGGACAAGGACUGAGUGAAAACAAAUUGAAAAAAAUCAUGACAAAUAAAUAAGGAACGCAAUAGAA